AUGCAUCGCGCGCGCGGCCUGGGAGCGAAGCUGAGAUGUCAGGCGGCUGCUCCAAGCCUCCGGAAGGCUUCGACUGUGAGCAAGGAGCUGCUGGAGGCUGCCUCCAUUCCCCGCGAGCGCAAUCGAAACUUUAGUAUCAUUGCGCACGUGGACCACGGAAAAAGCACGCUCUGCGAUCGGCUGCUGCAAACCUGUGGUGUUUUGCCGCCCAAUGCUCCAGACCAGUUCCUGGACGGUUUGGAGGUGGAACGUGCCCGUGGCAUCACCGUCAAGGCGCAGACGUGUUCGAUGCUAGUGACCUCGCAGAAGGAUGGAGAGCGCUACUUGCUGAAUUUGAUCGACACGCCGGGACACGUGGAUUUCUCCUAUGAGGUGUCCCGAUCUCUGCAGGCAUGUCAGGGCGCGGUGCUACUCUGCGAUGCCGUACAAGGUAUCCAAGCCCAGACGGUGUCCACCUUUCACCAAGCCUUCGAAGCAGAUUUGGAGGUCUUGUGCGCCAUCAGCAAGGUGGACUUGGAACACGCGCAGCGCGAAGAUGUGAAGAGACAACUCUCAGUGCUGACGGGUGUGGACACGCAAGAGGUCGUGGAGGUGAGUGGCAAGACAGGGGCUGGUGUGCCUGAGCUUCUGGAGGCCAUCAUCCAGAAGGUACCUCCACCUCCAGGAGCUUCGAAGGCGCCCUUCAAAGCUCUGCUCUUUGAUGCCAAGUACGACAGCCGUCGCGGCAUGGUUCUGUAUGUGGCCGUACAGGAUGGAGAGCUGAAAAGGGGCAGCAAGAUCUAUUGCUCCUAUGGGAAACGCGUCCAUCUAGCCGCGGACUUGGGUUUCCUCUAUCCGGAUCUCUGCUCCAGCGACUUGUUGCAGAGCGGGCAGAUCGGCUUCAUCGUGGUCGGCGCCAAGGACAUUCGGAGUUUCCGCGUGGGUGAGACCGUCUUCGCAGAAGGCGGCGAGAAGCUGGGCCAAGCCUUCCCGGGCUUUCGCCCCGCACAGCCCAUGGUCUACGCCGGCAUUUUCCCUGAGGCUGUGGGCGACGGCGAGAAGCUGGAGACCGCCAUCCAGCGGCUGCUGCUGACCGACGCCUCCGUGGAGGCCAAACGUGACAUUUCACCAGUGCUUGGUGCAGGUUUCAGGUGCGGCUUCCUUGGGUUGUUGCACUUGGACGUUUUUCGCCAACGACUCACCAGCGAAUAUGGUGUGGACGUCUUGGCCACGAGCCCCACGGUGCCGUACCGACUCACCCUGCAAAGUGGCAAGGAGGUUGUGGUGGAACAUGCCGGCGACUUCCCAUCACCACCGCAGAUGCCGCCCAAAGGGGUGCAGGAGCCUCUAGUCACUGCCACCAUCGUCCUACCCCGCGAACUCACCUCUGCUGUGCAGCAGCUAUGCCUAGAACGGCGCGGAGAGGAGCUCUCAGUAGAGCCAUUGGACAACAGUGGAGAACGAGUAAUGAUGACUUGGAGGUUGCCACUCGCCGAGGUCAUCACCGACUUCUUUGAUCGACUGCAGGCCUUAAGUCACGGCUUCGCAAGCUUCGACUAUCAGCCUUCGGGAUACCAAGAGGUGGACUUGGUCAAGGUGCACCUCCGUCUCAAUGGCGAAGUGGUGGACGCCCUGAGUUUCUUCGCCUUGCGGGAGAAAGCUCCGGAGGUCUCCAGGCGAUACUUGGAGAAGUUGGAAAAACUCAUCCCUGCGCAAAUGUUCGAUGUGGCGAUUCAAGCGGUGGUCGGGGGCAAGGUGGUGGCCAAGGCGAGAGUCAAACCAAUGAGAAAGGACGUGGUGGCGCAGAAGAUUUUGAGCCACGGCCACAGUGGGGAUCCCACGCGCAAGGCCAAGCUGCUGGAGAAUAUCUACGGUGGAUCGCUGCUUGCAUACACGGCCAUCAACAUGAAGCUGUGUGUCCAUGUGUUGCUUUUGGCCCUGGGGGUCAUCAGUGGACACAACUGCGAUGAACCCAAUGAACCCAAUGAAUGCGAACUCAGUUCUCAUUUGCACCUCGCCACCAAGGCCAUCAAGGCCAUCAAGGCCACCAAGGCCACCAAGGCCACCAAGGCCUCAUACCUCAUCAGUGAAUUUCAGCCCAAUCCAACAGGACUUCUUCAGGAUUCCCAGAAAAUCGAGCUCAGUGGACCUCCAAAUACCGCCUUCGAGGGAUGCAUUUGGAGCGUCGAGGCUGAUGGUUUGGCCACUGAAGAAGGAGCUGCUGCAGCAGCAACGUCAUUUGGAAUGGUGAAUCGAAUCAACUCUGUUUGGGGUACUUUUGAUGCCAAUGGCUUGCUGGCUGUUACAAUACCUGAGCUUGAGAAUCCAUCUUUCACCUUGUUCUUGUCGCAGUCAUGUCCAACGGGCAAUGUCAAUAUCAAUGACAACACUGCCGCCCUUCUCGCGGCAGUACAGACAAUCUACGACUCAAUUGGUGUGCCUGAUAGUGUAGCUGAUGCAAACAAUCUUCCACUCAUCAGAACUACAUUGGAUAACCCCCCUGGUACUGACCUUGGAUACAUUGGUGGGCAACCAAAACUGGUUUUCCGCGAUUCAAGUAGUGGAGCCCUUUACCAAGUCGAUGAUCAGGGCAGUGCCUCGCCGUCCUCCGUCUUUGAUGCUCACGGCACCCAGAUGGCUGUUGCCGAAUUUGACCCGGACCCACGGCAGACAAGUUUUGGUGUGAUCAAUCCAACAAGAUUCUCAGCCAUGGCAGACAUAGUGGGUGAUCCGCAUAUCCAUACCUUGGAUGGCGGCCACUACACGUUGCUGAGGGAAGGCUCUUUCUUGGUGUGGCACUUUGGCUUGCCGCAGCCCCAUGUGGAUUGGCAAAUCUUUGCCCACUAUGCCGGACGCCAGUCCUUCACCAAAGGUCUUUUGUUGGUCGAUACUUCGGGUUCAGAGCCAUCCAGCAUGGAGAUCACUUCGGAACGCUGCGAAUGGCAAACGCAGAGCAACUCCAAGAAGUGGUCAUCAGAAGUUCCUGAGGUGCUUCUUUCCGGGCCGUCUUCUCGCAUGCAGCUGGUUGGUAACAAGAACAGGAAGAGGAUUGAUCUGUUCAUUGCUGAUGAGAAAGUUGCCACAUUGAAAGUCUUGUGUCGACAAGGUCGUCACAUCGACAUGAAGCUCUACAUGACGAAUCAGAAGUGGAGACCCUUUGUAAGUGGCGAGCUCAAGGGCCAAAAAGGCCAAAAGCACAUGCGGAGCUCGAAUAGUUCAAUGUUGCAGCUGGCUACGAGAGAAGACCAAGAAUUUGAGGUCAAGAAAGCUUGGGCAGAGCUUGGUGGCAGCCCUCACGCCCAGCAAUACCUUCAAGACUUUGAUGGGCAUGGCCAGAAUGCGGGUUUCAGCCAGGUGUGUGACGCCCAAGCGCAAGCUGAUGCCAAGGCUCUCUGCCAGAAACACUUGGGAACUGCCGCAGAUUCCAGCUACUUCGAGGAGUGCGUCUACGAUGUCUGCUCUGGUGCAGGAGAAGUUGCGGCAGAGAUGGCAGCAGAGAUGCUAAAAUUCUGACCGGCCCCGGCCAACCAUGAGCCAGUACUUGUGAGGCAAAGGUUGUAGCAAGGCUUAUAUAUAGUUUCAAACGUUAGGAACAUAUGGAUGCUGGACUCCCUUUGCUGCGUGCAAAAAGCGCGUGGUCUAUGCAG